AGCAGCAGCAAUUGACAGGAAUAAUCUUUUAACCCAACUUUGUUCCUCUCCUUUUCUUCAAUCCCGGAUCCCCCAGUAGUUUCUUCGAUUCCUGAAACCACCCAGUUCUCUGAGAAUCCUGACGAUUUCGAGGGAGCUUUCGGAGGUGAUUUACUGGUGAGCAAUAUUUAUCAGCAGUGAAAAAUGUAUUUUGAUGGAUAUGGAUAUCAUGGGACCUCAUUCGAGCAGACAUAUCGAUGUUAUCCUGCAUCCUUUAUUGAAAAGCCGCAACUUGAAAGCGGUGAUAAAAUUAUAAUGCCUCCCUCAGCCCUGGACCGCCUUGCAUCACUGCACAUUGAUUAUCCAAUGUUAUUUGAGCUUCGAAAUGACGCUGCUGAGCGGGUCUCUCAUUGUGGGGUAUUGGAGUUCAUUGCAGAAGAAGGCAUGAUCUACAUGCCAUAUUGGAUGAUGGAGAAUAUGCUCUUGCAAGAGGGGGACAUAGUCCGAGUGAAAAAUGUAACUCUUCCAAAGGGAACAUAUGUUAAACUUCAACCCCAUACAAAGGACUUUUUAGACAUCUCAAAUCCAAAAGCUAUCUUGGAGACAACUCUAAGGAAUUUCUCCUGCUUGACCAUUGGAGAUAGUAUUAUGGUAGCAUAUAACAAGAAGAAGUAUUAUAUAGAUAUCAUUGAAUCAAAGCCUUCUAAUGCAAUAAGUAUAAUAGAGACAGAUUGUGAGGUGGACUUUGCCCCUCCUCUUGAUUAUAAGGAACCUGAAAGGCCUGUGGCACCUGUUCCUCUAAACAAGGCAACAGCUCAAGAGGACCCUGCUGAGACUGAACCAAAGUUCAACCCUUUUACUGGAUCUGGAAGGCGCUUGGAUGGAAAGCCUUUGAAGUAUGAGCCAGCACCAGUUUCCUCAUCAGGGUCCAAAGACAAGAAACCUGUGGUUGCUAACGGUCCCGCACCACCUUCUGCAGGAUCUAGUUCACAAACCGGUAGUCGUCAGACUCAGGGAAAGCUUGUUUUUGGGGCAAAUGCCAACCGUAUUCCAAUGGAGACACCAAAGAGGGAAGCUACAAAAGAAGCUAAACAAGAGCAGCAGCCUGAAAAGAAAGAAGAUCCCAAGUUCCAGCCAUUUACUGGGAAAAAGUACUCGCUAAGGGGUUGAUCUGGUUCUGAAUCCACUGCCUAUUUUUUAACUUAUGUCGCUCCUGCCAUCUGACCUCUGGUGCAGAAUGGAUGAAUAGUAGAAUAUUCUGAACUGAUCUCAAAUGUUGUAAUAUCGAAUGAAACAUUACACGUGCUGAAACUGAGGAUAGAAAUACAACUUCUGUAUACCUCCGGCCACCCUGGAUCUUUUGCUUUAAGUUGAACGUAACCCAGCUGUUGGUGUACCCAAAUACUGAGUUUAUCAUAACUUCCCCUAAUCCCCCAUUUGAAGUCAGUUCGGUUGGUUGAACUAAUAGCCAAUAUGAACAGGAAUGAGAUGUAAUUAUAUAUUGUCCUUCCGAGUGGGGUGAAUGGUGAUUUCUUAUUAACGUUAUUGUCA